AUGGGGAAAGGCGGCUAUGGCAAAGCAUGGUCACGCCGUCAGCCAUGGCAGCAAAACCACAGAACUUGGUCGGGCAAAGGCGGCUGGCAAAAGUGGGAUGGCCAUGACCACGGCCACCACUCCAACCAUUACAGUGAAGCUCACAAGUCAUCUUUGAAUCAGCUUUGUGCAGGGGUAGUGAGUUCUGCAUGGGAUGGCGUUUGCUCCGGAGUUGCCUCCGCAGCAUGGAAAGCUGUUGAGGGGACAGCUGGGCUUUUUAUGAAAUCUUGCCAGAAUGAUAAGCAGGCUGUCAAGCAGACUGCCCAGGGCAUGAUGGCUUGCCUGGCAGGCAAAGCCGAAGAACCACAGAAUGCCGUUGACAUGCCAGCCGAAGAACCAAGCGACCAAAAAGGGGAGCAGAAGCUGGUAUUGUCCAUACUUGAGCUGCAGAAAGAACAGAUGCAACAGCAGUCUCUCUUACAGAAGCAACUCUUUGACAUGUGCAAUGCCAAGGCAGAAAAGCCACCUUCCGCACCCAAAAGUGCUCGGCAAAAGGCCACCACCAAUGGAAGCAAUUCCCGGAACAGCAGCAGUGGCAAGUCCAAAGCUGCUACAUCCAGCCCUUCAGCUUCGGCACCCUCAGAGAAACCGACCCGUCGCAGAGUUCGCGGUGGAGCUUCGGCCGCAAAAAAGCCCACCAGAAAGACAGGCAGAGCAGCUGCCAAGCCCAAGGCAAGCAAGACAGCAUGCAAGACCAAAGGCAAGACGACUGAGGUGAAUGUCUGGCUGGCACGUGCUGCUUUGGAAGACCUAGAGGCUGCAUAUGCCUUGCGGGUGGCCAACGAUGCUUUGAUGAAAGCAACGGAAGCACUGAAUGCUGAGAGGGGCAGUAGGUUCAAAGACUACACUGCAGUUCUCCGUGCAGUGUUGCUGAAACUGGCACAAGCCGUGCUCGAAGCCAGAAUCAGUGGCGGCAGUGCCAGCUUCUGUAGCCUUGAGGAGGUCAAGACGCCUCCGGAAGAGGUACCUCUCUGGGAGUUCCCCGAACUGAUCUGCGUCCGGCUUCUACUGGGGAGCAUACCGCUGACGGAAGAGGAGGUCCUCUUGGUGCGCAGGGUGCGGCAUGUGAAUCGUUGCAGCACCGAGGGGCCUCUGCUGACGCUGUCAGAGGAGUUCGGCUGCGUAGGCCAAAUAAAUUUAGGUCAUUCUUGA